UGUGUGUUUUAUUCUUCUUUUUGCAGAAUAUGUUAAAAGAUUCUAGUUUUAGGAAAUAUGUAAAUGAUUAAUUUUCUGGGUAUUGUUACUUGUGGAUCUGUGUUUCUUUUUUUGGGAAGAUCCACCUAAUAAAACAAAAUCUCACAUUGACUAAAUGCCAAGAUAUUGUCUCUUCUCCCACAUAAUUCCAUUUUUUCUUUUUGAAAAUAAAAACAAAAAAUACCAGAAAAAUUGGUGACUUGACAACCAAAAAAGAUUAUGUGUAAGAUAUGGAGCUUUCUUUGCUUGUAAUAGGGUUUAUCUUUGUACUUUGAUACAUCACAUUGACGGCUACAUCUCUUCUAAAUAGACUUCAGAAUGUUUAUCUUUCUGUCUCUUCACCUUUCGUUUGGUGGCAAUAGUAGUCUCUUUGAAGCUAACUAAUAAUAUUUUUGUCAGAUAAGAAGCAAUCAUUACACACAACACAAAGAGGGUUUUAAACUCUUUAUCCCAAAAUGCAAACUCCAAAAUUAAGGCCUGGUUCUUUGGAGCUGCCACAUAAGAAAUCCUCUUUACCAGCUCCCAAACUUGCUAGGAGAGUUAAGCCAAGUGGAAUAGAAUCUGAUCCCAAAACCAAAACAUCACCAAGAACUCAAACCCUCAAAGUAGCUACUGCUGAUCGCCGCUCUCCAAGAAUCCCUCUCAAUGAGAAGAAGAGGUCAGGGAGGGUACCAGAGCUAGAAUCUCAGGUAGCUCAGCUUCAAGAAGCGCUCAAGAAGGCAAAGGAAGAGCUAAACAGAUCAGAAGCAUUAAGGAGAGAAGCCAAACAAGAAGCUGAAGAAGCCAAGAAGCAGCUAAUGGAGAUCAACACCUCAGAAGAUUCAAGAAUUGAGGAGCUGCGUAAACUCUCACAGGAGAGAGACAAGACAUGGCAAUCUGAGGUUGAUGCUAUGAAGAGACAACACGGAAUGGACUCAGCUGCUUUGUCUUCCGCCAUCACCGAGGUACAGAAGCUGAAGUCAAAUCUCUUUGAGACUGAGUCAGAGCUAGAGAACUCUAGGUUUGAGGUAAGGUCUUUAGAGAAACUUGUUAGAGACUCAUCAUCAUCAUCAUCAGGGGAAGUGAAGACUCUGAAAGAAGGAAUGGAACUUGCGAGGCAAGAGAUAAGCCAGUUGAAAUCUGCGGUUGAAGUAGCGGAGAGAAGGUACCAAGAUGAGUAUAUACAGAGCACGUUGCAGAUAAGAAGCGCUUACGAGCAAGCAGAGGCGGUUAAGUCAAAGUAUUCACAGAGAGAGGCAGAGUUAGCUGAGGAGCUGAAGAGAACCAAAGCUGAAGCUGAGGUUUUGCGCAAAGGAUAUGAAGCUGCUGAAGAUUUCAAGAAGCUUGAGUCAGAUUUAGUGGAAGUGAGAGGGAGUUUGAUGGAUAAGGAGAUGGAGUUGCAGAGGCUGAGAAGUGAAAUGGAGAAGAGAGUUGAGAGCACAAACACUGAAGCUAUGGAAGCGGAGCUAAGGAGAGUGAAGGUUCAGUGUGAGCAGUGGAGGAAAGCGGCUGAGACGGCUGCUUCUAUACUGAACAAUGAAGAGGAGAGAAUGGAUUCUGUUGAGAAUGGUAAAAUGUUGAAGAAGUUUGGUGUGUUACUCAAGAAAAACCACAAGUAAUAACUUGAUUCUUUUUGGAUUCUAUUUUAAGAUAUUGAAAAAUUGGCAUUGCUGUUGCCUGUAAAUUUGUAAAAUUCGAUUUGAUUUCUAUAAGUUUAUUUUCUCUUCUUCUUGUAAGUGUUGCCACAUUUGGUGUUGAAAACUGUAUUUGUUAAGUGAUAUUUUGCAUUCAAGAAUCAAGAACUCAGGUUAUUUUCGGUUGAA